CCUACUGGCCUUCUGCUAAAAACAGCCGGGCCCGGGGGGAAUAUGAGUUUUCAGGCCUCCCCCUCCUCGCCCAGGCAGGUAUUAAAGAGGCCGAAGUCGGGCCAGACCGGCCGGACACCAUGCUAUUCACCCAGACUGCUCACUUCGUGGUGAAUUUUCUUCUGUCCCGGCGGCCCCGGGCCACGGCCCCGCACCGCCUGGACCAGGAGUUGUGUUUCUGGGGCAGCCGGGGCCCGGUCUUGCCGGCGCCCGCCGCCCGCCGCAGCCUGGGCGACUAUUGGCUGAGCCCGCAGCGCCGCCACCCUCCGGGUGCCGCCUGGCGCUGGCCCGCACGCAACCUGUUACUGCUGCCCCCGGCCACCGGCCUGGCCGACGUGCCCUCGGCGCGCUGGCCCAGCUGCUACGGCGCGCGCCCGAGACUAACGUGGAAGCACCGGUGGCAGAAUAUUAACUACUAUUUCCUGGGCAAAAGGAAGCGACAUCUAGUUCCCUUGCGCCCGUGAGAGCCGGGACUUGGGGAGACAGGCUUCAGGCUCUAUCACAUGAUGAUCCUGGGGCCGACUUGUGCCAAGGCUGGGCUGAGAGGGAAGA